AUGACUUUGCGUCUGUGGCCCUGGUGCUUCUGCGCUUGGGUGGCCGCCGGCUGGCCGCCGGGAAGCAGCCUUCAGCUCCGCCCGGGCAUGCCAAAUGUUUGUGAGGAACAGCAACUGACCAUGGUGGGACUUCCAUAUCCCUGUGUGCAGGCAUUCACGCACACCAUCAAGCUCUGGAAACAGCGUUGUGCUGGCCCAAGAUGGUGUGUGGGUUAUGAAAGAAGGACCCGGUACUAUACCACCUACAGACAGGUGUACAGCAUGGAGCAGCGGACAGUCUACAGAUGCUGUCCUGGUUGGAGACAGUGGGAUAGCGAACCGGGCUGCCUGCACUCUAGCUCUGCAGCCGGAACUCCCUUCAAUGGAAGGAAAUGCCUCGAUGGUGAAACCAAGCAGAGCCAGUGUUCAGAGGGAUUUCAUGGACCCCACUGUCAAUACGAUAUAAAUGAAUGUGCCAUUGACAAUGGUGGCUGUCAGGACCAAUGCUGGAAUACCAUUGGCAGUUAUUACUGUAAAUGUCAAGCUGGCCAGACGCUGGAGGAAGAUGGCAAAGGAUGUGAAGAUGUCGAUGAAUGUGCCGUGGUGAAUGGAGGCUGCCAGCAGCGCUGUAUUAACACUCUGGGCACCUUCCACUGUGAAUGUGAUACAGGAUACAGACUCCAUGCUGACGAACGCACCUGCAUAAAGAUGGACCCCUGCACAGGUGGGAAUGGAUGUGCUCACAUAUGUCAGAGUGAGAAUGGCGUGGCCAGGUGUGCCUGCCACCCAGGGCACCAGCUGUCUGAAAACAAAAAGUCCUGUGAAGAUAUAAACGAGUGUGCGGAAGGGCUUGCUCAAUGUGGCCAUCGCUGUGUGAACUCACUGGGAUCUUUCACUUGUGCCUGCCACCCUGGCUUUGAGCUGGGAGCUGAUGGAAGACAGUGUUAUAGGAUUGAAUUGGAAAUUGUCAAUAGCUGUGAAAAGAACAAUGGUGGUUGUUCUCAUCACUGUGAACAUGCUAUUGGUGGACCCCGUUGUUCCUGUAACCAUGGACACCAGCUUGAUGAGGAUGAGAAAACAUGCAUAGACCUUGACGAAUGCCAGAAUGGAGAGGCCUGCUGCGCUCAGUUCUGCGUCAACUAUUUAGGGGGCUAUGAAUGCAGUUGCCAGGAAGGCUUUCGGAUCACUUCUGACGGUUGUGGAUGUGAAGCUUUGGGUGAUGAUGAGCUGGAGGAAAAGGGAGAGGAAGUAGAAGUUGUGAGAUUUCCAGGCCUUCUAUUCAAAAAGCCGCUUCAAUUGCUUCAUCAUGUGACCACCUCUCAGACACCCACUUAUGAAGAUGAAGAUGAGGAAGAAGAGGAAAAAGAGAGCCAAGGAGAACUUAUAGCUGUGAACAAAGUAGCUUGUACCCCCGGGACCAAUGGGAAGGAAUGUGGCAGCAUCUGCAGUUGUCAGAAUGGAGGCAGCUGUGAUCUUCUCACUGGGCAGUGCCAGUGCCCCUCAGGGGUUCAUGGGAAAACCUGUGAAGAUGGAUGUCCAGUGGGGUUUUUUGGGAAGAAUUGCAAAAGGAAAUGUCACUGUGCUAACAACGGCCCUUGCCACAGGAUAUAUGGAGCCUGUUUGUGUGAGCCAGGGCGCUACGGGAAGUUUUGUCACCUGAACUGUCCCAAGGGGGCCUUCGGAGCUGGCUGCUCUUCAGAAUGUCAGUGUGUAGAGGAGAACACCCUGGAAUGCAGUGCCAAAAAUGGUAGUUGCACCUGCAAACCUGGUUACCAAGGCAACAGAUGCCAGAAAGCUGCUGAAUCUGCUUUAUUGGAAAAUGCUUCUGGGAUUCCCACUGUGAAAGAAAAUGAGUUGAAAGUAUAUCCUAUCUUGAUGGUCUCUGGGGGACCUGAAUGUAGAUUCCUCUGUGUCACCUGUGAGAGUGGAGGUCAGUGCAACAUAAAAACUGGAAACUGUGCCUGUGCUCCUGGUUAUACAGGAAAAUCCUGCACUAUUCAUAAGUCAUAA